CUUUGUAUCUGUGGAAAUAAUGAAAUGGGGGAGAAUGAAGAUGACCGUUCAGACAGAAGAGUCUGUCUAAUCUGUGGGGACCGAGCGACAGGCUUGCAUUAUGGAAUUACCUCCUGUGAAGGGUGCAAAGGCUUCUUCAAACGGAGCAUAUUUAAUAAACGGGUUUACAAAUGCAUUCGGGACAAAAAAUGCACCAUGUCACGGAAGCAACGCAACCGGUGCCAGUAUUGCCGGCUGGUUAAGUGCCUCCAGAUGGGAAUGAAUAGGAAAGCAAUUCGUGAAGAUGGAAUGCCUGGGGGAAGGAACAAGACAACUGGUCCAGUGUAUAUUUCAGAAGAAGCGAUACGACGUAUAAUGGCUGGUGAAGAAUUUGAUGAUGAAGAAAACACUUCAGGAAAUAGUAGUGGUGAAUGUGAUCCUAGUUCACCAAAUAACGGCAGAAUAGACAGAAACAUUUCACCAGAUUCCCCAAGGUCUUCAGGCUCUUCAAGAUCACUAGAUUCGAAUGUACUCAAGGAUUCCUGCCUUAUCUCUGAGGUCUCCACUGUAAUUCCCUAUCUCCCUGCCUGCUUUGCCUACUCUUCACACAGUCUAUCAUGGACUGAAACAUACAGCUUCAAUGUACACUCGCAAUCUCUGUUACAGCAGCUAUUGCAAGCAGAGAAGACAAAGCAGCUCAAAUUUCCAGUUUUAAUACAAAACAGGUGUGCAAUGACACCAUCGAAGCUCCUUGCCUUACUCUGCCAGCUUGCUGAUGAACUGCUUUUUCAGCAGAUAAUGUGGAUUAAACAGCUUCCGUUCUUCAAGGAGAUGUUGAUCAGACAUUAUACUUGCUUGCUGGGAGCCUCAUGGCAUGAAUUGGUACUCCUCCAAGCUUUAAUGUCCAGAGAUUGUCAAGUACUUGGUGAUCUCUGUGGAAUCAUAGAGAAGUACCAUGUUUCAAAGGAUACAAUUCACAGGUGUACAGAUGAGGCUGUGGAAGUAGCAAAACAAUUAAACUACCUCUUCAGGAAGUUUCGUCAGCUGGGGGUCACUGAGGAAGAAUACGUCUGCAUGAAAGUGAUCAACUUCCUGAGUCAAGAAGAAAUUGCAGAUCUAUGUGUUUCAUUGACAAAAUGUUUCGACUUUGAAAAUGGGGUAGUCACACAGCAUUCUAAUGCAUAA